AUGUCUGGCUUUGCCAAAUUCGCCAUCUCUGUUCAGAAAGUCCGGGCCGCGAUCCACAAUAGGAGGAAGGCGGGUGCCAAGGGUGUGCGAUCGUCUCUAAGAGUGGACCAUGCAGACCUCCCACCUUCGUCCCCGUGGGACCUCCCCGUCGAGAUUCAAAUCCGGAUAUUUGCAUAUUCCGGCAUCACUGACUUUCUUCCGCUGAGACUUGUCUGCAAAGCUUUCUAUAAAUUACUCACCUCGAAUGAGCAUGAAAUUGUCCGACAAUAUCUCCGCUUGCGUCGCCACGGCACUCUUCCUUCCCCGAUCGAUAACGACCGUAUCUAUACUCGAAACCCGGCAGACGAUGUCGUGCUGUUGUCGGACCUCUUUCCACCCUCCAAAAGUGCCAGGGGCGGCCACCUCUAUACCUUCAAGUACUUGCAUGGCCUACGACGGAGACAAUUGCUCUGCUCAAAGCUCCGCUACUACCUAGCGGAUCGGAUUCUCGAUCGCUUCACUCAAACUGAACCGGCCUCGUUGCCUGUAAAGCGACCCGAGCGGAACAAACUUAUCAAAUGUGGCAUAAUUAAGAUAUGGUUCCAUCUUGCGCCACUCAUGUACUACACCCUCUAUUUCCUCGAAUCAUACGCGUCCGCUCGACGAGAACAUACGAAUGAGCUCGUCCAAAAAUACGAAGCGGGCCACCUGCCGGUACCCCUGCCACUCGAUGUACGCCAGAAAAUGUAUCUUGAGCUACAAACCCGGAUUCUGCAGAGCCCUCCCUUCACCAACACUGCGACAUUGGUUGCAACACACCAUUGUAUGCACUUGCUUGUGUCAUACAUACACUACGCCAUGUCUCCGGAGGGCCAAACUGAGUUGGAUGACUCAUGGAUCAGCUCAUUGCUAACUCUCUCACCCUUUGUGCGAAUUGUCGAGUUUUUCUCGGCUGAAAUUGGGGACGGUGGGAGCCAAAGAACACAACGCAAAGACUUUAUGUAUAAUUUCUAUAACGACAUGACGAAGUAUGAAAAGGACCACAUGAACUCGGUUGUCUUUGCACGCGCAACGGCGCAGAACUUGCACAGUUCUGUCCAAGAUAUAUGGUUUGCUUCUGCCGAGGCUGAGUUGAAAGCCCGUCAGGCAAUACCGCACGAUGUCGAGCAUGUCCAGGGCUGGAAUGACAUUCCGAUUCUUUUUGGAUGCCCGGAUUGCCACCGCACAAGAGGAUGGCAGGCAUAG